CCGCUUCAUGAUCACUCGAUCCGAUGAUGCCGUCGAGACUGGCCACAUGUCACUGUUACCUUCAUCUCGGUGUUUAAUUAACCCCUAAGAUCGAUCAUCAAUUAAUCCAACCAUGCAUAAUAUUCAUUUUCCCAUACAUAUAUUAAUAAUCAUCAAUACCUUCACCAUAUAAUUAAUAUACCUAUAUCUAUCGAUCAUCUGUAAUUCCAUGCAAUAUACAUAUAUAAGAAGAACUACAGAAGAGAAAAAAGUAUUAAGAUCGAAUUGAAGAAGCAAUAAUUAAAUAAAAAUGACGGACAUUAUGGAUGAUAUAGCUGAAGAAAUAUCAUUUCAAAGCUACGAAGACGAUCUUAGGCUGUUAUUUAGUCUUUUGAAUGAUGUUCUUCAACGAGAAGUUGGAUCAAAUAUUAUGGAAAAAGUUGAACAUACACGUACUCUCUCUCAGAGUGCCUGUCUUAUAAGAGCAGCUGGGAUUGAGAACACUGCAGAGUUACUUGAGAAGCAACUGGCUACAGAGUUAUCAAAAAUGUCACUAGAGGAAGCUUUGAAACUUGGUAGAGCCUUCAGUCACUUUCUAAAUUUAAUGGGAAUUGCUGAAAACCAUCACAGAUCGCGCAAGUUAAAGAACAUAGCACAAGUCUCAAAAUCUUGUGAUGACACUUUCAAUCAGCUGAUUCAAAGUGGGCUUGCUCCUGAUGAACUCUAUGAAACUAUGUGCAACCAGGAGGUUGAGAUAGUCCUUACUGCACAUCCCACACAAAUCAAUCGACGUACUCUACAAUAUAAACACCUUAGAAUUGCUCAUCUAUUGGAGGUUAAUGACCGAAAAGAUCUUACACUAGAAGAUCAAGACGGACUUAUAGAAGAUUUGGUGAGAGAGAUAACUUCUAUCUGGCAAACAGACGAACUUAGACGCCACAAGCCCACACCAGUAGAUGAGGCUAGAUCCGGACUAAACUAUAUCGAGCAGUCACUUUGGAAGGCGAUACCUCAAUACUUACGACGAGUCAGCAAUGCUCUCAAAAAGCAUACUGGAAAGCCCCUUCCUUUGACAUGCACACCCAUUAAAUUUGGAUCAUGGAUGGGUGGUGAUAGAGAUGGAAAUCCAAAUGUCACAGCGAAGGUAACGAAAGAUGUCUCUCUUUUAUCAAGAUGGAUGGCUAUUGAUCUUUAUACAAGAGAGAUUGACAACCUUAGAUUUGAGCUAUCAAUGAACCAGUGCAGUGACAGUCUUUCACAUCUUGUACAAGACAUUCUUCAUAAAGAGAACUCUGAAGAUGAUCGACACGAGAAAUUAAAUCAUUUACUGAACCGAUGUCAGCCUAGGUAUAACAAUGUUCAUGGUUUACCUUCACAACUCCCUGCUGGUGCUGAUGUACCCUCAAAUACAGAGUGCAAUACAGGGGAAUCUAACUAUCCUCAGCUAGAUGUUCCUGGGUCCGCCGAGUACAAGCGUUUGAAUAAGGAUGCAGAAGCUACUUCAUCAAAGAGUUCAAGCCAAAAUAAUCAGAAAUCACAAGAAACCGGGGGUUCAUCUCAACCUACUACACCGAAAGGAUCACUCCUUGUUCAGAGGAAAAUGUUUGCUGAAUCACAAGUAGGAAGAGCCAGCUUUCAGAGGCUCUUAGAACCAAGUAUACCUCAGAAAUCCACCAUUUCUCCUUACAGAAUCGUUCUUGGGGACGUCAAACAAAAGCUUAUGAAUACGAGAAGGCGGUUGGAGCAGCUUCUAGAAGGUCACCCGUGUGACUUAGAGCCUUGUGAUUAUUAUGGCACACCAAACCAACUGUUGCAACCACUCCUUCUAUGCUAUGAAUCUCUGCAAUCCUGUGGGUCAGGAAUUCUAGCAGAUGGUCGUCUUGCUGACUUAAUAAGAAGAGUUUCAGUCUUUGGAAUGGUUUUAAUGAAGCUUGACCUACGUCAGGAAUCUGGUAGACAUUCAGAGACUCUUGAUGCAGUUACGAAUUAUCUCGGCAUGGGAAAAUACAGUGAAUGGGAUGAAGCGAAAAAACUUGAGUUUCUAGCAAGAGAGCUGAAGGGGAAGAGGCCGCUUAUUCCACCAACUAUAGAGGUUUCUCCUGAUGUUAAAGAAGUCCUGGAUACCUUCCGAAUUGCUGCAGAGUUGGGAAGUGAUUCACUAGGAGCAUAUGUGAUUUCGAUGGCCUCAAAUGCAAGCGAUGUCCUUGCGGUGGAACUUCUGCAGAAAGAUGCCCGUCUUGCUGUUGCUGGGGAGCAAGGUCGACCGUGUGUUGGUGGGAUAUUACGGGUAGUCCCUCUUUUUGAAACUGUGGCGGAUUUAAGGGGAGCUGGAUCAGUGAUAAGGAAAUUAUUAUCAAUUGACUGGUAUCGUGAGCAUAUCAUAAAAAAUCACAGUGGCCACCAAGAGGUUAUGGUUGGAUACUCUGAUUCUGGUAAAGAUGCAGGGCGGUUUGCUGCUGCGUGGGAACUUUACAAAGCUCAAGAGGACGUUGUAGCUGCAUGCAAAGAGUAUGGAAUUAAAGUUACGUUGUUUCAUGGCCGUGGAGGGAGUAUUGGCCGUGGUGGUGGUCCAACACAUCUUGCUAUUCAAUCUCAGCCACCUGGUUCCGUAAUGGGUACACUUAGAUCAACUGAACAGGGAGAAAUGGUGCAGGCCAAAUUCGGGCUGCCUGGUAUAGCUGUUCGUCAAUUAGAAGUCUAUACAACAGCCGUACUUCUUGCCACUCUUCGCCCUCCAAAACCACCCAGGGAUCAAAACUGGCGUAAUCUAAUGGAAGAAAUAUCAAAUAUCAGUAGGAAAAGCUACAGAAACAUUGUCUACGAAGAUCCAGAAUUUCUCACUUACUUUCAAGAAGCAACCCCACAAGCCGAGCUUGGAAACCUGAACAUAGGAAGCCGCCCAACCAGAAGAAAAACUUCCGUUGGGAUAGGUCAUCUCCGAGCCAUUCCAUGGAUAUUUGCAUGGACUCAAACCCGAUUCGUUCUUCCAGCUUGGUUAGGAGUUGGUGCAGGUUUAAAAGGUGUCUGCGAAAUGGGCCAUGCAGAGGAGCUAAAAGCUGCUUAUAAAGAAUGGCCAUUUUUUCAAUCCACAUUAGAUCUUAUAGAAAUGGUGUUAGGAAAAGCAGAUGUCCAUAUUGUUAAACACUACGAUGAAGUGCUUGUUUCUGAGAGUCGAAGAGUGCUUGGUGAUCAACUCAGAAACGAACUUUUAACAACUGGCAAGUAUGUGUUGGUUGUCACUGGUCAUGAGAAGUUAUCUGCUAAUAAUAAGAGUCUCAGAAUGUUGAUUGAGAGUAGACUUCCUUUUUUGAAUCCACUUAACAUGUUGCAAGUGGAAAUUUUGAAAAGGUUGAGAAGUGAUACCGAGAAUCAUAAGCUUCGAGAUGCACUACUUAUUACUAUUAAUGGAAUUGCUGCUGGGAUGAGAAAUACUGGUUAGUUUCCGUAUGACACUGAGAUAUCCUAUAUAAUGCAUAUAAAUAUAUGCAUACAAAGUCUAGGAUGAAUAGAGUUACGACUUAUGUAAAUGUGAAUAAUCUGGGAGAAAUAUCAAAUGUGUAACAUGUAGAAAUGGUACAUGUAAUUUCAUUUGUUGUGCAAGCACUGAGAUCAGGCUUGUUGUUGGAAUAAUGAUGCCUAUAAUCAGGUAUUAAAUUAAUUAAUUAGUGUUGGUGAUGCCACGUAAAUUGUAUAACUGAUUAUUUUCAUUUCUGUUUCCUUGUUAUUAUCCAAACGCUGUAACAAAUAUGAGCGUGGUCGCGUGAUCAAUUAGAAAUGAAUGUUUUGUUGUA